ACUGGCAACAUCUCUUCCCACUUUCUAUAAAUUCCUCAGCACUUACUUUGUGCUCUUCAUUUGAAGAUAGCUUCACAGAGGCAAACAACUCCAGCUCCAAACCACUCUCUUUUCCUCAAAUCCUUCUCUAUAAACAUCUUGAAACCCAUUCAAGUGGGUUUUCUUUUUCUUUCACUUCUUUGAUUCUUAUAGGGUAAUUUCACCUCUUUCCAAAUGACUACCAAAAUGUAAGAGUUUCAUCCAAAACAGAACCUGGGUAUUUCCUUCUUGCAUCACUGCUUAAGUAUUUGUGAUUUUGUUUCCUUUUUAUUCACUGGUUUCUGUUAUAGAUAACCUUUUCUUCAAGCUAUUUCUAUGGCAGAUAGAGACCCAGAUUUCUCUUCCCACAAAUUCCCCUCUGCUUCUCAGGUUAUUGAGGAGUUAAAAGAGCUAUGGGGCAUGGCGUUACCCAUUACAGCUAUGAACUGGCUGGUCUUUGUUAGACAAGUGGUGUCAGUUUUGUUCUUGGGCAGACUCGGGAGUUUAGAGCUAGCCGGUGGUGCGCUCUCCAUCGGCUUCACCAACAUCACUGGGUACUCAGUUCUAGUGGGUCUUGCCUCUGGGCUCGAACCUGUUUGUAGUCAGGCCUAUGGCAGCAGGAACUGGGACCUCCUCUCACUCUCUCUUCUCCGCAUGAUUUUCAUACUUUUCCUGGCAAUCAUACCCAUCGGCGUUUUGUGGAUCAAUCUUGAAGGCAUUAUGUUGUUUAUGAGACAGGACAAAGAUAUCACGGCCAUGGCAGCGACAUAUUGCAUGUACUCUCUCCCAGACCUUUUAACAAACACCUUGUUGCAACCGCUGAGGGUGUUCCUGCGGUCACAGAAGGUGACGAAGCCGAUGAUGUGGUGCUCUCUUGUGGCGGUGGGCUUCCACGUGCCACUCAACUAUUUGUUUGUGAUGGUGAUGAGGCUGGGAGUUCCCGGCGUGGCAAUGGCAUCUGUGGUGACAAACAUGAACAUGGUGGUGCUAAUGGUUGGGUAUGUUUGGAUAAGUGGACGGUGGGAGAUGAGAUGGAUGGCUGGGAUUGGGAAGGUGUGUGGUAGUGGUGGGUUAGGUCCACUUUUGAGGUUGGCAGUGCCCAGCUGUCUAGGGAUCUGCCUGGAGUGGUGGUGGUACGAGAUAGUGACUGUCAUGGCUGGGUACCUGCCGAAUCCCACUCUGGCUGUGGCCGCCACUGGGAUCUUGAUUCAGACCACUAGCAUGAUGUACACCGUUCCCAUGGCCCUGGCUGGCUGCGUUUCCGCCCGAGUGGGAAAUGAGCUUGGAGCUGGUCAUCCAUACAAGGCAAAACUAGCGGCUAUGAUCGCAUUGGGCUGCGCCUUUGUCAUUGGCUUCAUCAAUGUGGCAUGGACAGUGACAUUUAGAGAGAGAUGGCCUGGUCUAUUCACCACGGAUGAUCUGGUCAAGCCAUUGGUUGCAACCGUUUUGCCAAUCAUAGGACUAUGUGAGCUUGGGAACUGCCCUCAAACAACUGGCUGUGGCAUCCUACGUGGCACGGCAAGGCCCGUAAUUGGGGCCCGCAUAAACUUGGGCUCUUUUUACUUCGUGGGCACACCGGUGGCCGUGGGCCUGGCGUUUUGGCUUGGCGUCGGGUUUCCCGGGCUCUGGUUUGGACUACUGUCCGCCCAAGUGGCCUGCCUCGUGUCCAUCUUGUAUGUAAUCUUGGUGUGUACGGAUUGGGAAGUAGAGGCUUUAAAGGCAAAGCAGCUUACUAGUAUUGAACUAAGCUCAUGCAAUGGAGAUGCGGAAAAGGGAUAUGAAAAUGAGGAGGAGAAAGAGUUGUUGGCGAAUGGGAAUGAUAAAACGGAGGAAGUUUCGUGAAGAUAUAUAGAAGUGGGAUAUCUAUUGAGGGGACGGUUGUGGGAUUGGCAUUAAUUGGCGUGUUGUUUUUGUUGAUAGAUCACUAGCUUUUUGGGGCUGACCCAUGCUUGGAUUUUGUGUUUGUUUUGGCGUUUUCAUGGAGCCAUGUUCUUUUUAUUUGGAGGAACUGUCACUCCCACAGACGAAAAUGCCGAAGAUCUAUCAUAUCAUGAGAAUGACCCACUUCUUUUUUGUUACCUAAUGACUUCUCAUAUCCGUGAUUUAAUUGUUCUAGAACUUCUACUUUAUCAUAGUGUUAGGGUUUCAUUAGCUAGCUCAAUAUUUGAGCAAUGAUUGUAAGUUUCAAAAUCUCAUAUUGGAUCCUUGCAUUGUUUGCCAAUCAACUAGAGGCUUGGUG